AUGGCUCUCAAAGAUUCAUUUGGAAGAUGGAGAGAAAAUGCAUUUGUACUUAAGUCGCCAAAAGCAUGCUCAUCGUUAAAACAAUUAAUGGGAAACAUAUGGACUGCAUACAAGUAUGGUAAUGGAUUAAAAAAUAUCGACUGCCCCAUACCUCCGGGAGUUUACAUAGCUCCUGGUAUGGAUACGUCGAUUUUUAAUAGCAACAAUAAUUUCCCAAAGUCAUUUUUUUACGGUACAUACAAAAUGCAUUUAUAUUAUUCAAGAAAUGAUGAAAUAUUUGGCUGUCAAGUUUUCAUAAUGGAUAUUAAACGUCCGUAA